CCUAAUUAAGCUGAAGCCACGACAUCUCAGGUUGACUCGCCUCUUCCACUCGUGAGUUCCAACCACUUGGGCACCACCAUGAAGCAAACCGUCGUCCUCUACCCCGGCGGCGGCAUCGGCCACGUCCUCCCCAUGCUGGAGGUCGCCAAGGUGUUCCUCAGGCACGGGUACGACGUCACCAUGGUGCUGCUGGAGCCGCCCUUCAAGUCGUCCGGCUCCGACGCCCUCGCCGUCGAGCGCCUCGUCGCCUCCAACCCGUCCGUCUCCUUCCACGUCCUCCCGCCGCUCCCUGCCCCCGACUUCGCCAGCUUUGGCAAGCACCCGUUCCUCCUCGUCCUCCAGCUCCUGAAGCAGUACAACGAGCGGCUCGAGGGCUUCCUCCGCUCCAUCCCUCGCCAACGCCUGCACUCUCUCGUCGUCGACAUGUUCUGCGUCGACGCCAUCGACGUCUGCGCGAAGCUCGGCGUGCCGGUCUACACGUUCUUCGCGUCGGGCGUCUCGGUGCUGUCCGUACUAACCCAGCUCCCGACGGUGCUGGCCGGCAGGGAGACUGGCCUCAAGGAGCUAGGGGACACGCCACUCGAUUUCCUCGGCGUUCCGCCGAUGCCGGCGUCUCAUCUCAUCAAGGAAUUGACCGAGCACCCGGAGGACGAGAUUUGCAAGGCCAUGAUGAACCGCUGGAAGCGCAACACGGAAACCAUGGGCGUCCUGGUGAACUCGUUCGAAUCGUUAGAGAGCCGGGCGGCGCAGGCGCUCAGGGACCCGCUCUGCGUCCCAGGCAAGGUGCUGCCUCCGAUCUACUGCGUCGGACCCCUCGUCGGCGAGGGCGCGAAGGAGGGGGCCGAGAGGCACGAGUGCCUCGCCUGGCUCGACGCUCAGCCGGAGCAAAGCGUCGUGUUCCUCUGCUUUGGGAGCAAAGGCACGUUCUCGGCGGAGCAGCUGAAGGAGAUCGCCGUCGGCUUGGAGAACUCCGGGCAGCGGUUCAUGUGGGUCGUGCGCGCGCCUCCGUCAACCACCGAAGGCCUCAAGAAGUACUUCGAGCAACGCCCAGAGCCAGACCUCAACGCGCUCUUCCCGGAGGGGUUCAUGGAGCGGACCAAGGACAGUGGCUUCAUCGUCACGUCGUGGGCGCCGCAGGUGGACGUGCUCCACCACCCCGCGACCGGCGCGUUCGUGACGCACUGCGGGUGGAACUCGGCGCUGGAGGGCAUCACGGCGGGGGUGCCGAUGCUGUGCUGGCCGCAGUACGCGGAGCAGAAGAUGAACAAGGUGUUCAUGACGGCGGAGAUGGGCGUCGCGGUGGAGCUGGAGGGGUACAACUCGGACUUUGUCAAGGCGGAGGAGUUGGAGGCCAAGGUGAGGCUGGUGAUGGAGUCGGAGGAAGGGAGGCAGCUCAGGGCUCGUUCGGCGGCGAGGAAGAAGGAGGCGGAGGCGGCGCUGGCGGAAGGUGGCUCGUCCCACGAAGCGUUCGUCCAGUUCUUGUCCGAUGCGGAGAAUCUUGGCCAGAACUGACGAGAUUCGCUGAUGCUCUUGUCGUACGCGAUUGGUUCUACUCGAGCAUGUCCCUUUUCAGCAAUAAUCGCUCGAAUAACUAUUUAAGAACUUCUCGUUUGUUCCUACUACCUUAAUUUUGCUGUUAACUACUACCAGUAUACUCCCUCCAUUCUAAAAUAAACUAAUUUUUCAUUUUUU